UCCAAGAUGGCGGACGUGGCGGCUCGGGGAGGCGGCGGCGGCGGCUUCUACCUGAGCACCGUGCUGAGCCUGGCCCGCUCCCUGGCCGCCCAGACACCCGCCUCUAUUCACAAGGUAGAAAAGUUGUUAUGUAUGUGCCCUGUGGAUUUUCAUGGCAUUUUCCAGCUGGAUGAAAGGCGCAGGAACGCUGUUAUUGCUUUGGGCAUUUUCUUGGUGGAGUCAGACCUUCAGCACAAAGACACAUUGGUCCCUUAUCUCCUGAGGCUCUUGAAAGGAUUGCCAAAAGUCCAAUGGAUCGAAGACAGCUGUGGCAAGAAAUGUCGUGAAAAGCUUCCUGUGGCUGAAAACUUCAGUUUCUCUCUGGUGACGUUGCUGUUUGACGUGGCGUUGAAGGACACCACGCUGCGGGUUCAGAUCCUGGUGACUAUAUUGGAAGUGAUGGAGGUGCUGUUGGGGAUAUGUCUGGCACCUCAGACUCAGGAUAAAGAAUACCUGUGCAGAUACAUAGUGCCGAGCUUGAUCGGCACCAGCAGAGCUUUCGGCCGCUACAGCAAUGCGGACGAAUCCCUUCUCUCUAAGCUCUUCCCGAAGAUGUCGCCACAGUCGCCCCGAGCUCCAGAGGAGAUGGAGGGAAUCCGCCGGCGUUCCUUCAACGAUUUCCGCUCCAUCCUGCCCAGCUCCCUGCUGGCCGUCUGCCAGUCCAGCGACAGCCUGCGGCGCAAAACCAGCAGCAUCUCCAACGUCUCCCAGGCAAGUCCCGAGCGCUCUGUACUUCCUUCCUCCCCCGGAGCAGCCACGUUGCAGUAUUUUGAAGGUGCGUACUUGCCUGAUGGCAGUGCUCUGGAUCCCCAGUAUUACUUCUGCAACAUUAGCUCCAGCUUCUCCGUGUCCCCUCUGUUCACCGGCUGCAGCAAGAAGGAGUUUGAUAUCCCCAUGGACAGCCUCCGACAGCUACUGCACAUGGUCAAACGGAUUGUGCCAGAGCCGGUUCUGAAAGCCUUGGAUGAGGCCUUGCUGGAGGUUAUAGAGACCAGCCCAGGGUUGGACCUGUAUUACCAAAAUUUCAGUGAUCCUCUCUACGUGGUGGUGUUCAAAAUGCUGAGGGACACUUUGUACUACAUGAAAGACCUGCAGUCCGGCUUCGUGAAGGAGGUGCACGACUUUGUACUGGAGCAGUUCAGCAGCAGCCAGUCUGAACUGCAGAAGAUCUUACACGACAUGGACCAUUUCCAGAACGAGUUCAACCCUCUAAAGCUCCGCUGCCAAGCCAACGCUGCCUGUGUGGACCUGAUGGUGUGGGCAGUGAAGGAUGAGCAAGGCGCGGAGAAUCUGUGUUCAAAGCUUUCGGAAAAGCUGCAGUCUAAGACAUCCAGUAAAAUCAUUUUGUCCCACAUGCCCUUGCUGAUUUGCUGUUUGCAGGGUCUGGGGCGAUUGUGUGAACGGUUUCCGGUUACGGUUCAUUUGGUGACUGCGUCACUGAGAGAUUUCCUGGUGGUGCCUUCCCCAGUGCUGGUCAAGCUGUACAAAUACCACAGUCAAUUCACUUCAGGAGGUGGGAGUGACAUUAAAAUCAGUAUAACUAACGAGCAUUCAGAAGCUACAGUGAAUAUGCUGUUAUCUAAGAAAAAGCAGCAGUCUAUGUACGAGCAACUCCGAGACAUUGCUAUAGAUAACAUCUGCAGGUGUCUAAAGGCAGGGUCAGCCGCAGACCCAGUGAUCGUGGAAGCAUUCUUAGCCAGCUUAUCCAAUCGACUCUACAUCUCCCAAGAGAACGAUAAAGAGGCCCACCUGAUCCCCGACCACACCAUCCGUUCCCUGGGCCACAUCGCCGUGGCACUGAGGGACACCCCGAAGGUGAUGGAACCCAUUCUUCAAAUCCUGCAGCAGAAGUUCUGCCAGCCCCCCUCACAGCUCGAUGUCCUGAUCAUCGAUCAGCUGGGCUGCAUGGUCAUCACGGGAAACCAAUAUAUUUACCAGGAAGUGUGGAAUCUCUUCCAACAAAUCAGUGUGAAGGCGAGUUCCAUCGUGUACUCGGCAACUAAAGACCACAAAGAUCAGGGCUACAGGCACUGUUCCCUGGCUGUCAUCAAUGCUCUGGCUAACAUAGCCGCUAACCUGCAGGGGGAGCAGGUGGUGGAUGAGCUGCUUGUCAAUCUGCUGGAGCUUUUUGUCCAGUUGGGUUUGGAAGGAAAACGAGCGAGCGAGAGAGCCAGCGAGAAAGGUCCUGCCCUGAAGGCUUCAAGCAGUGCAGGCAAUUUAGGAGUUCUUAUUCCAGUCAUUGCUGUGUUGACCAGGCGCUUGCCACCAAUCAAGGAUGCUAAGCCCAGGCUUCAGAAGCUGUUCCGGGAUUUCUGGCUGUACUCUGUGGUCAUGGGCUUUGCUGUGGAGGGCUCAGGGCUGUGGCCCGAGGAGUGGUACGAGGGUGUGUGUGAGAUCGCCACCAAGUCGCCGUUGCUGACCUUCCCGGGAGGAGAGCCCUUGCGCUCCGAGCUGCAGUACAACUCUGCCCUCAAGAAUGAUACUGUUUCCCCGGCUGAACUGAACGAAUUGAGAAGCACCAUCAUCAACCUGCUUGAACCUCCACCCGAGGUCUCGGCUCUCAUUAACAAACUGGAUUUUGCCAUGUCAACAUACCUGCUCUCCAUGUACCGCCUGGAGUAUAUGAGGGUGUCUCGUUCUACAGACCAGGAUCGCUUCCAGGUCAUGUUCCGUUACCUGGAGGAUAAAGCUAUUCAGAAAGACAAAGCAGGUAUGAUGCAGUGUGUGGUUGCAGUGGCUGAUAAAGUAUUCGAGGUUUUCCUGGCGGUGAUGGCAGACAAGCCCAAGACCAAGGAGAAUGAGGAAGAGCUGGAGAAACACGCACAGUUCCUGCUGGUCAAUUUCAACCACAUCCACAAGAGGAUCCGGAGGGUUGCUGACAAGUUUCUGUCCGGCCUGGUGGAUAGAUUCCCCCAUCUGUUGUGGAGUGGCACAGUCCUGAAGACGAUGCUGGACAUCCUUCAGACCCUGUCCCUGUCGCUCUGUGCAGACAUCCACAAAGAUCAGCCCUAUUACGGCAUACAAGACACACCUUACAGGAUCACCGUACCUGACACCUAUGAAGGCAGAGAGAGCAUCGUCCGAGACUUUGCUGCUCGCUGCGGUGGGAUCCUUCAGGAGGCGAUGAAAUGGGCUCCGUCUGUGACCAAAUCCCACCUUCAGGAAUACUUGAACAAGCACCAGAACUGGGUGUCUGGUCUCUCUCAGCACACUGGUGUGGCUAUGGCGACUGAAAGUAUCCUGAGCUUCGCAGGGUAUAACAGACACAACACAACCCUGGGGGUCACUCAGCUGACAGAAAGGCCGGCUUGUGUGAAGAAGGAUUACUCCAACUUCAUGUCUUCUCUUAAUCUACGCAACCGUGCAGCGGGAGAGAUCGCGGGGAUGAUUCAGUACUCGGAGGCCACCAGUCGUCAGUCCGACCUGAACCAAGUCAUGAUCACAAAGCUGAAUGAUUCGCUGGAGACAGGGAAGAGUGAGGCCUACACACAGGCCAUGUUCAACCUGACUGCCUUGCUGAUCAGCAGCAAGGACUGUGAUCCCCAGCUCCUUCACCACCUGUGCUGGGGUCCCUUACACAUGUUCACAGACCUGGGCAUGGAGACUGCGGUGGCCUGCUGGGAGUGGCUGCUGGCUGCCAAGAACGGCAUUGAGGUGCCAUUCAUGCGAGAAAUGGUUGGUGCCUGGCAGAUGACGGUGGAGCAGAAAAGCGGUCUUUUCAGCGAGGAUGAGAGAGAAGCAGAUCCUCUGUCAGCGUCUGAGGAGAGCCAGCCCAAGCCCUGCGCCCCCAACGUCACGCCCCAUCACAUCUGGAUCGAGUUCCUGAUGCAGAGGUUUGAGAUUGCCAAGUACUGCAGCGCAGACCAGGUGGAGAUCUUUGGCAGCCUGCUCCAGCGAUCUCUGUCACUCAACGUGGGCCGACCAAAGGGCUAUCUGAACCGGCACGUGGCUGCCAUCGGCCCACGAUUCAAGCUGUUAAUGCUGGGCCUUGCCAUGCUACACGCUGAUGUCAUUGCCGAUGCCACCAUUCGGAACAUGCUGAGAGAGAAGGUCUAUUCAACCGCCUUCGACUAUUUUAGUGUGGCCCCCAAAUACCCCACGCAAGAGGAGAAGACGCUGCGGGAAGAUAUCAGCAUUAUGAUCAAGUUCUGGACAGCUAUGUUCUCGGACAAGAAAUACCUAACUGCAAACCAGCUUGUUCCACCAGACAAUCAGGACCCGUCUGUCAACAGUCUGUCUGUUAUGGCUGUGACCGAUUCACGCAACAAUCUCGACGUAGCCGUGGGAUCCCGACAGCAGCCCGCCCAGGGCUGGAUCAACACCUACCCCCUGUCUAGCGGCAUGUCAACCAUAUCCAAAAAAUCAGGGUUAUCCAAGAAAACCAACAAAGGCACUCAACUGCACAAGUACUACAUGAAACGGAGAACACUCCUCUUGUCUUUAAUGGCCAGCGAGAUAGAACACCUGACCACCUGGUACAACCCUCUGUCAUCCCCUGAGAUGGCAAUGGAUCAGACCGGGGAGGUGAACGUCACAAACUGGCGCUCCAAAUACAUGACGCUGAGCGAGAAGCAAUGGAAGGACAACGUCAACCUGGCCUGGAGUAUCUCCCCUUAUCUGGCCAUCCAGCUGCCCAUCAGGUUCAAGAACACUGAAGCCAUCGGGGCUGAGGUGACUCGUUUAGUGAGGCUGGACCCUGGGGCAGUCAGUGAUGUGCCUGAAGCCAUUAGGUAUUUGGUGACUUGGCACACAAUCGAUGCUGAUGCCCCAGAGCUGAGCCACAUCCUGUGCUGGGAGCCCACAGACCCCCCCACAGCCCUCUCCUACUUCUCCAGCCUGUACCCGCCUCACCCGCUGACAGCUCAGUACGCGGUCAAAGUGCUGCGUUCCUUCCCUCCGGAUGCAAUUCUAUUCUACAUCCCGCAAAUCGUUCAAGCUCUCAGAUAUGACAAGAUGGGAUACGUGAGAGAGUAUAUCUUGUGGGCAGCUGCCAAGUCCCAGCUAUUAGGGCACCAGUUCAUCUGGAAUAUGAAAACCAAUAUAUUCACUGAUGAAGAAGCUCACCAUAAGGACCCUGACAUUGGUGAGUUGUUGGAACAACUUGUAGAAGAGAUCACCGGCUCACUGUCUGGUCCGGCCAAGGACUUUUACCAGCGGGAGUUUGACUUCUUUAACAAGAUCACAAAUGUGUCUGCAAUCAUCAAGCCGACACCCAAGGGCGAGGAAAGGAAGCGAGCCUGUCUGAAGGCUUUAUCUGAGAUCAAAGUGCAGCCGGGCUGUUACCUCCCCAGCAAUCCAGAGGCUGUCGUCUAUGACAUCGACUACAAGUCAGGAACUCCCAUGCAAAGCGCUGCUAAAGCUCCCUAUUUGGCUAAGUUUAAAGUGAAAUGGUGUGGAGUGAGCGAGCUGGAGAAGGAAGGUCUCCGGCUCUCGGAUGCCUCGGCUGAACAGGGCAGCGAGAGAGACGGCAGCGACGAUACAUCUUGGCAAGCGGCGAUUUUUAAAGUUGGUGACGACUGCAGGCAGGACAUGCUGGCUUUACAGAUCAUUGGUCUGUUCAAGAACAUUUUUCAGCUCGUGGGUUUAGACCUGUUUGUAUUUCCCUACAGGGUUGUGGCUACAGCACCAGGGUGCGGGGUGAUCGAGUGUAUCCCCGACUGUAAGUCACGCGAUCAGCUGGGACGACAGACAGACUUUGGGAUGUACGAUUACUUCAGGAACCAGUAUGGAGACGAGUCAACUCAGGUAUUCCAGAAGGCCCGCUAUAAUUUUAUCCGCAGCAUGGCUGCCUACAGCCUCAUUCUCUUCCUACUGCAGAUCAAAGACCGACACAACGGGAAUAUCAUGCUGGAUCGGAAAGGUCACCUCAUCCACAUAGAUUUCGGCUUCAUGUUUGAGAGCUCGCCGGGAGGUAACCUGGGCUGGGAGCCUGACAUCAAACUCACCGACGAGAUGGUUAUGAUCAUGGGCGGCAAGAUGGAGGCCACACCCUUCAAGUGGUUCAUGGAGAUGUGUGUCAGGGGCUACCUCGCCAUCAGACCUUAUAUGGAUGCUGUUGUUUCUCUGGUCACUCUCAUGCUGGACACCGGGCUGCCUUGUUUCCGUGGACAGACCAUCAAACUGCUCAAACAAAGAUUCAACCCGAACGUGAGUGAGAGAGAGGCAGCGAACUUCAUCAUCAAAGUCAUUCAGAACUGCUUCUUAAGCAACAGGAGUAAGACGUACGACAUGAUUCAGUAUUACCAGAACCAGAUACCCUACUGAACAACCCAGUCUCCUGACGGACCACACUUCCCUCCCAGUACUGUAUAAUAGCACUUUCCACGUUCUCAGUCUGUUCCAGCUGUGUUUUUAACUCGUAUCUUAUUUUUUCUGGCCGUCACAACAAUCACUUGUUUAGAGAAGAGAUUCAAUCAUUCUAUUUAUAAUUCUAGAUCGGAUCAAAUCAUCGCAGCAGCAUCGAAUUGCACUAUAUCUGUCUGUCUGUCUUGUUAUGCUGUUCUGAUGGUGAGAUACAUAUCAAACUCGCCGCCCGUGGAGAUAUUUUUCUGUAGUGAGUGUAAAUGUGUCAGCAGAUCUGGUAAAUCUAUUAUGUAAAUAAAGUAGUCCCUUCAAUGCGA